AUGUGGCAGCUGGUGGGGACAAGUGGGCAGAGGAGCCGCGACUCUGCCACGGAGCUGGAGCUGCGGGUCCCUUGCUCUGCAGGCAGCAGCCCCAGCUACGGCAGCGGCGGGUACCCGGGUGACACGGAGAUGCUCACGACCUUCAGCUGGGACGACAGGAACGUGCGCAGGGUCUUCAUCAGGAAGGUUUAUGCCAUCCUGAUGGUCCAGCUCUUGGUCACCGUGGUCAUUGUGGCUUUCUUCACCUUCUGUGAGCCGGUCAAAGGGUACAUCCAGAUGAACCCUGCCUGGUACUGGGCUUCCUACGCUGUUUUCUUUGUGACCUACUUGAUCCUGGCUUGCUGCUCUGGACCCAGGAGAUACUUCCCAUGGAAUCUCAUCUUGCUGAGCAUCUUCACUCUCUCCAUGGCGUAUCUCACCGGGAUGCUCUCCAGCUAUUACAAUACCAAGUCAGUCCUCCUGUGCCUGGGGAUCACGGCCCUGGUGUGUCUCUCUGUCACCAUCUUCAGCUUCCAGACCAAGUUUGACUUCACCUCCUACCAGGGCGUCCUCUUCGUGAUGCUCAUGGUGCUCUUCUUUGGGGGCAUCAUUCUGGCUGUGAUACUGCCCUACCAAUAUGUCCCCUGGCUCCAUGUGAUCUAUGCCCUGCUGGGUGCCAUCAUCUUCACCAUGUUCCUGGCAUUUGAUACCCAGAUGCUGAUGGGGAAUCGCCGGUACUCGCUGAGCCCGGAGGAAUACAUCUUUGGAGCCCUCAAUAUCUAUCUGGACAUAAUCUACAUUUUCUCCUUCUUCCUCCAGUUCUUUGGCUCCAGCCAGGAGUGAACGCAGCAAGGCAAUGUCUUCUCUUUGCUGGCAAGGCGCAUGCUUAAAAAAAAACAAGAAAAAGGUUAAAAGGAAAAAGAUGAAAAGAGGGAAAAUUAACUACCCUUUCUGGCCCACUAGCAGGCUCCAUUCCACCAGCUGAGCAAAGCCCCUGGGUUCCUUAUGCAGCUUGUAUAUUUGCUGUUAAAUGUCUGUGACCCAGAAAGCAAAGCAGGGCUUAAGUGUUGUGUCUCCUGCUUCUGCUCCUGCUGAGAUCCAACCAGAUCAGGGACUGGGAGGCAUCAGGACAAGGUCUUUUCCCCAAAGGCUGCCAGAGUUGCCUGUCUGCGUCCUGCACCUUGUGGGAUGCUGAAAUACUGUGAUCAGCUCUGCAAAGGGAAAAUAAUAAUGG